AUGAUCCUCUCCGGUGUCAGUACCUGCAAGGUCGCUGAUAUAGAGAGAAGCAGUGUGAGUAGAGUUGUAGUUUCUCUGUGAGGAAAGCAGCAGAUCUAACUGUUCAUCAUGCUCGGACAAGCAGUUCGUAGAUUCACCACCUCCGCCAUCCGCUCCUCUCACUAUGCUGAGGGACCCGGACAGAACCUGCCAUUCUCCGUAGACAACAAAUGGAAGCUGCUGGGGAUGAUGGUGGCGUUCUUUGGCAGUGGCUUUGCCUUCCCCUUCAUCGUAGUCAGACACCAGAUCCUGAAGAAGUGAUUCAUUUGCCUGUCUAAUAUGGUCAUUGUGAAUCCUUGUCCACAAAGACUGUCUAGAUUUCUUCAGAUGUGGUUCUCUUAAUGCUAUUUGUAAAUAAAAAUAUAAAUACAA